UCGAGCUUCAGCAUCAGAUAAGUGAGAGAAUGCCAUCACAAUCUCACAGUCUCACACGGCCACACGGGUUCAUUGUCGAGCAGUCACCUCCGUCGCACGGUCACCUCCGUCGAGCAGUCACCUCUGUCGCGCAGUCACCCCCUUCGACCAGCCAUCACUUGGCGUCGCUGUCUCCCGCUCUCCCUAUUGCAUGUUCUGUUGAAGCCUUGAGGGUGCCUUCGAGCUUCCAGAGUUCCAGGGGAAUUAAUAGAAUGAAAAAACAUUUAGAUCAAGGUGGUGGUGGUGGUGGUAGUAGUACAUUUUAUGCUGCACCACUUGCUUUUUCCGGUCCAAAUAGUGGAAAUGAAGGUGACGAUAUCAAUGACGCAAAUCUACAGCAAGUUAUGGAGGAUUUUGAUGAUUGAUGACAAACUUGGAUGAUUUUGAUAUUGCUAUGUUAUGUUUGAUUGGUUGUUUUAUUUUUUGACUUUUGAAUUUGUAUUUGAAUGAGAUUAUAAUA